GGGUGGAGGAAAGAUGGUAUGCUGUUCUUUUCAGCUGGUUCUGACCUGAUGAGCUUAUUAUUUAUUUAACAAGCGCAUGGGAAGCAUCACAUAAAGCUCUCUCUGGAGUCCUGUGCGGCCUUGCUGCAGGGGUUAUGAUCUUUCAAUCGCGGUUGAAGAAUGGACUCUAACGAGGAGACUGGAUCCCGUCUCUCGGUGUAAACAUUACACCGCUCGAUAAUGACAAAAGAAAGACUGACUCAGGCAGCAAUGUAACACUUGUGGAGAGGCUUCAGAGAGCAUUGACAGCUCAAGGACUGCCCGUGCAUGGGCACCAAGACGGACGAGGAAACCCCGAGGAUCAGGGCCUCCUGUCCGGAUGACACCAGCACCAGCCAGCCACACUGCUCUUCUUAGCUAGCAUUAGCUAAGCUAACCAAUGUCUUCCUUGGAUUUGAUAUAAUUUUAAAUGGGUAACUUAGUUGCAACAGUUUUCUUUGAGGUGUGUGGGACUGGUGGUCGAUAAGGGCUCUGCUGUCGCCGGAUGGACGGACACGAGUGUGAGUGACAGUGGAAACUGCUAAAGGUUUUCCAGGCAUGAUGGAGGGAAUACAUAGCCAGGCUAUAAGCCUGGAUCCACGCAGGCAGGAACUGCUUGAGGCUCGCUUUACUGGAGUUGGUGUAGCCAAGAGUUCCGCCAACAGUGAAUCAUCCAACCAGUCUCUGUGCAGCGCGGGGUCACUGAGUGACAAGGAACUUGAGACACCAGAGAAGAAGGUCAGUGAGCCGAGAAGCAGGAAGAGAAAAAGUGACAUCUAUGACAGCAACAGCCAGGGAAAAGGAAGAGGGCACAAAAUAAGUGAUUAUUUUGAGUUUGCUGGUAGCAGUGGCUCUGGUACCAGUCCGGCCCGGGGCAUCCCCAUGCUGGUGCGAUCCUCUCCACAGCACUCACUGUCUAAUCCACCGUUUCAGCAUGGCAGUCCUUCAUCCACAGGCUCAGCCCUCACAGACACUUCAUCUUGCUGCUCCGUUAAAACCCUUCGCAUGCACUCCUGCUCACACAAAGCCAUACAGUCAGAACUAACGCUGCUUAAGCUGACAGCACUGGAGAAUGACAAGAACUCUGACCUGGAGAAGAAAGAGGGGAGGAUAGAUGACCUGCUGAGGGCAAACUGUGACUUGAGGCGGCAGGUUGACGAGCAGCAGAAAAUGCUGGAGCGUUACAAGGAACGGCUUAAUAAGUGUGUGACCAUGAGCAAGAAGCUUCUAAUUGAGAAGUCAAAGCAGGAGAAAAUGGCUUGCAGGGACAAGAGCAUGCAGGACCGCCUUCGUCUGGGUCAUUUCACCACUGUACGCCAUGGAGCCUCCUUCACUGAGCAGUGGACCGAUGGAUUCGCCUUUCAGAACCUCAUCAAGCAGCAAGAGCGAAUCAACUCGCAGAGGGAGGACAUUGAGAGGCAGAGGAAGCUGUUGGGAAAGAGGAAACCUCCUUCGGCAACACAGACACCUUCACCCAACCUGGAACAGAACAAACGAAAGAGCAGAAGCAACGGACAGGAGAAUGAAACGUUGUCGCUUGCUGAAUAUCACGAGCAAGAGGAAAUUUUUAAACUUCGAAUCGGUCAUCUAAAAAAGGAAGAAGCUGAGAUCCAAUCAGAGCUGGAGCAUUUGGAGCGAGUGAGGAACCUGCACAUUCGGGAGCUUAAGAGAAUCCAUAACGAGGACAACUCACAAUUUAAAGACCACCCCACACUGAAUGACAGAUACCUGCUGUUACAUUUACUUGGAAAAGGUGGCUUUAGUGAAGUUUACAAGGCAUUUGAUUUGACGGAGCAAAGAUAUGUGGCCAUUAAAAUUCACCAGCUCAACAAGAACUGGAGGGAAGAGAAGAAGGAAAACUAUCACAGGCAUGCCUGUCGAGAGUAUAGAAUCCACAAAGAGCUUGACCACCCCAGAAUAGUCAAACUCUAUGACUACUUCUCACUUGACACAGACUCAUUCUGCACAGUACUGGAGUACUGUGAAGGCAAUGAUUUGGACUUUUACUUGAAGCAGAAUAAGCUGAUGACGGAGAAAGAAGGGCGCUCUAUUGUCAUGCAGAUUGUCAACGCCCUCAAGUACCUCAACCAGAUUCGACCACCCAUCAUCCACUACGACCUCAAGCCUGGAAACAUCCUGUUGGUUAACGGCACAGCUUGUGGAGAGAUUAAGAUCACAGACUUUGGCCUGUCCAAGAUCAUGGAUGAUGACAGUUACAGCUCUGCAGACGGCAUGGAGCUGACCUCACAAGGAGCAGGAACCUACUGGUACCUCCCUCCUGAGUGCUUUGUGGUGGGGAAGGAGCCCCCCAAAAUAUCCAACAAGGUGGAUGUUUGGUCAGUAGGAGUCAUCUUCUACCAGACCUUAUAUGGACGCAAGCCGUUUGGACAUAACCAAUCACAGCAGGAUAUCCUUCAAGAAAACACCAUACUCAAAGCCACAGAGGUUCAGUUUCCCCCGAAACCUGUGGUCACCACAGAAGCUAAGGCUUUCAUUCGCCGUUGCCUAGCUUACCACAAAGAGGACCGUGUAGAUGUGCUACAGUUAGCCAGUGACCCCUUCCUAAUGCCUCAUAUUCGAAAGACCCUGGGCAACAGCGCCCCCAUGCCACCUCCCGUUCCCUCCACCUCGAGCUGUUACAGCAGCAGUGCCUCCGACUGACUGAACCUGAGAGUCUGAAAUCAAACCCUGAAGAGGCGCCCGGUGAAGACAAGGCCACAUGGAGACGUUGCACACAUGAAACUCCUCUUCCCUUGGUGCAAGAGAGCAGAAAGCAUGAUGGGACGGAGGGAACGUCAAAGUGUGAAUGUAACCAAAAUGACAGAUGCCGUGGUGGCCACUGUAGCGGUGAAGCUGAAGGGCCGGUCUCUGGCUGUGGGCUCAGCAGAACCCAAAGAUUUGCCCAUAUGCAUGCACUAACACAAAAACUGGCUCAUUUAAAGGGGGCUUCUCUUACAUGAUAAAUAGUAAAAGCACCCGAAAAAUUGCACACCUGAAAGGCUGAGAAGUUCGCCAUGUGUGGAGGAUCAUCUGCCACUGUGGAAGGUGUUGAAGAAAAACCAUUACUGACAUUUCACCCCCAUCCUGCUUGAAAUGCAUCAAACUAUUUUCAGAACUAUAGUGGUCACUUUCAAACAUGUAUCUCUAUAUGGGUUGAAGCUGGGGCUUUAAAGAAGGGCUCCUACAGUGACGACUAGUGACUGAUGACCAAAGUUCAAGGCUCCUCCUGCCUUGUUUACAUGGCACCAUAAGGGGUUCAUAAAUGACUUGACACAGAAGAGGGCUGAUUCUGGAAAGAUUUGCUGGUUUUGACCUAUUUUGAAUAUUUUACUGGAUAACUGGAAGUCAGCUUCUUAUUUCAAUUGUUAAGUCCAUAUUUUUUCAUGAAAUUUCCCCCCUUAAAUGUUCUUUUGUUAACCUUAUGAGGGGGCUAGCUAUGAAUGAGUGUUGUAAUGAGAGAUAAGAUUCUUAACAGAAAUAAUAAUGAAACCAUUAAAAAACAUUUAAGCA